CGCAGGAAAUUAAUAGAUAGUCACAACUGAGACGCGGUUAGUGGUUAUCCCUUAGCCAGAUUUUAGUAUAUAAUAUAUAUUAUAAUAUAGUGUUUGCCCAAGAGAGCUGAUCCUUACAAAAGUAAAACACCUUCAAAAUGAGCUACACGGCUGCCGAGAGCGUCCUGGUGUCCAGUACGUGGGCAGCCACCAACCUGUUCUAUCUGCUGCUGGUCCCUGCUCUUCUUCUAUGGUACUCUUAUUGGAGGGCUUCUAGAAGACACUUGUACGAGCUAGCGGAGAAGAUUCCAGGACCUUCUGGAUAUCCGCUAAUUGGAAAUGCUCUGGAAUUUACUGGAGGCUCAGUUGAUAUUUUCAAGCGAAUCAUGGCGAGGAGCGAACAGUUCGAACAUGAGAGUGCCGUCAAAAUUUGGAUUGGUCCCAGACUCCUCGUGUUUUUAUAUGACCCACGAGAUGUCGAACUUAUCCUCAGCAGCAAUGUCCACAUUGACAAGGCAGACGAGUACAGGUUCUUCAAACCCUGGCUUGGAGACGGCCUACUUAUCAGUACGGGUCAAAAGUGGCGCUCCCACAGAAAACUUAUUGCUCCUACUUUCCACUUGAAUGUGCUUAAGAGUUUUAUCGAGCUCUUCAACGCCAACUCCAGGACCGUGGUUAACAAACUCAAGAAAGAAGCUGGCACCUUUGAUUGCCAUGACUACAUGAGCGAGUGCACCGUUGAAAUCCUGCUUGAAACUGCUAUGGGUGUAAGCAAAAGCACCCAAGACCAAAGUGGAUUUGAAUAUGCAAUGGCCGUCAUGAAAAUGUGCGAUAUUUUACAUUUGAGACACACAAAGAUCUGGCUCCGACCUGAUCUGUUGUUUAACUUUACUCAGUACGCUAAGAUACAAAAUAAUCUUCUCAGUGUGAUUCACGGAUUAACGAAAAAGGUCAUUAAAAGGAAGAAGGAAGAGUAUAAGAACGGCAAAAAGUCGGUCGUUGCUGAUACAGAGGAGAAUGGUGUGAAUAAAGAUGCUAUGCCUACAAAGGUUACAUCCGUCGAGGGUCUGUCGUUUGGCCAGUCAGCAGGUCUUAAGGAUGAUCUAGAUGUGGAUGAAGACGUUGGACAGAAAAAACGGCUUGCUUUCUUGGAACUUCUCCUUGAAAGUGCACAGGGUGGAGUUGUUAUCUCCGAUGAAGAAAUUAAAGAACAAGUAGAUACCAUUAUGUUUGAGGGGCAUGACACAACGGCUGCUGGUAGCAGUUUCUUCUUGUCUCUAAUGGGAAUCCAUCAAGAUAUACAAGACAGAGUUGUUGAAGAAUUGGACCACAUAUUCGGUGACUCCGAUCGCCCUGCCACUUUCCAAGAUACUUUAGAGAUGAAGUACUUGGAAAGAUGCCUCAUGGAAACUCUUCGAAUGUUCCCGCCAGUACCAAUCAUUGCCCGGCACUUAAAGCAGGAAAUCACCCUGCCUUCCAACGGCCUAAAAGUGCCAGCUGGUACGACCAUCGUAAUUGGAACCUUCAAAUUGCAUCGAAGUAAAGAUGUCUAUCCGAAUCCUGAAAAGUUUGACCCUGAUAAUUUCUUACCAGAGCGCUCUGCGAACCGUCACUACUAUGCCUUCGUACCGUUCUCAGCUGGUCCUAGGUCCUGUGUUGGUCGCAAAUACGCAAUGUUAAAACUAAAGAUUCUUCUAUCUACAAUCCUGAGAAAUUUCCGUGUUUAUUCUGACCUGAAGGAAUCAGAUUUCCAACUUCAAGCUGACAUUAUCCUAAAACGAGCUGAAGGAUUUAAAGUACGCCUAGAACCACGAAAAAGGACUGCAAAGUCCUACUAAUAGAUACAGAUAAUAAAAUUAUGAUGUGAAAUAUUAAUGUAAUAAAACUUUUAUAUAUUUUUAUUUUCGUAAAAAAAGAGUGAAUGGCGUUGUUUUGCUUUUAUAAAAGCAGCUGCUUGUGUAAUAGCAUACCUCGAACGCGGGGCAUUGGGUACUCUUUAUUCUACAGGCUUAUCAAAGCACCAAAGUAUUUUGAUAAUAAGUUACUUGAAAUUUGAUUUCAGGCAUAAACUUACUAUUAUAACGUUAAAAUAAACAAACUGUUUAUGAUUUCCUGUAGUAAUAAGAUAAAUUAUUAUGAAUAAAAAGAGGUUCAGGCUUAAAAUCUUAAUAUUAUAAUGUAAAAAGAAAAGUCCUGACUCGCUCACUGACUGACUCAUAAACGCCCAACCCAAAUCCUUGGACCUAGAAGUUGAAAUUUGACACAGAGGUUUCCUUUAUAUUUUAAACAAGGAAUAAGACCGGAUUUUUCAAAAUUCCCACGAGAGCCAAGCCGCGGGCGGUCGCUAGUUUAAUAAAAGAAUAAGGUAUGAAUAUAAUAUUUUCACUAUUCAAAUUACGAGUAUCUUUUGAAAGUGGCGAUAGUUCAGAACAAUGUACUUAGGUACCUACUUACUUAACAGACCACAUACUGUAAUAUUAACUGUUUUUAGUGUUAAUAUCAUAUUGUGAUACCAGUACUGACUAAAUUAUUGAUAGUUUUAUUUCUAAGGAAGUUUUAUAUGUAGGGUGAUAAAAUUAAUGGGAGCGAUCAAGUUUUAAGUUAUUAAAACUUUGGUUAAUAUUGUUUGUUAUUAUUAGGUAAAUUAAUUAAUCGCUGUAAAUAGUAACUUACUUGCAUUUGUUAUUGCAAAUAUGAAGGGUAUUAAUUAAUAAACGUUUAAAAUUA